AUGGGAAAGAUAGUUUUCCCUGAGUGCCUGCGCUCUGUCGUGCCUGUUCGCAGGCGUACCACAAACUUUCUUGGCAUCGGCCUUGAGUACGCACCGUUUGUCGUUCUGUAUGCCAUCGCCUUCGAGUGGUGCAUCAGAACAGCUGGAGUCCCGUAUGCCAACGCCAUCGCUCAUGAGGCGGCAAAACGCGCUGCCAAGUUCACCAAAAACGUUGGGUACGCCAUGGCGGAAGUGAGCAUCGAAGACGAUGAAGACGAAGAGAUCAUGGCAGAGGCUCCAGUGAAGCCUCCGCCUGAACCGACCCCGCAGAUGAACUCUACUCAAAUCGCGGAGGCCCUUCACGCUGCUGAGCGCGCAGUUCCCAACCCGCUGCUACCGGACUUCUGGGCUGUCCUGUUCCUCGCCAUCGUUGUCAUCCUGAAUGCCCUCGUGUGGUUCGUCCAGAGGUGGUCCCUACGAGUCAGAGUCAAGGUCCAGUACUCCGAGACGGACAGCCUCGAGUCUGGUACGUUGGCGUAUGUGACGCCUCACCCGCAUCAAGGAGCAGCGGAUGUUGUUCCUGUUCAAGUCGUCAAGGUGGGCAAGGAGACGCAGAGAUUCUUCAUGUUCCAGAGGCAGAAGUUCGAGAUCGAUGAGUCCGGGAUGGAAGUGAAGGAACUCUCGAUGCCUAUCGGGAAGCCCCUGCAGCACUACAAGCAGCAUCUUGGCUACCAGAGUGCAGAAGAGAUCGCGACCUCGAAGCAGAGAUAUGGCAGCAACUCAUUGCACAUCGAGUUGCCCUCCUUCAAAGACGCCUUCUUCAAGCAGAUCCUUGGACCCGUUCCUGUCUUCCAGUUCUUCUGCGCUUCCCUCUGGCUUCUGGACGAGUAUUGGAACUACGCCUUGUUCCAGCUGUUCUCCAUCUGCAUGUACGAGAGCAGUACUGUCUUCGGUAAGAUCAAGAACAUGCAGGCUCUGCGAGGGAUGAAGAAGACUGUCACAACAGUGAAGGUCUACCGCGAGAGGAAGUGGUUGGACCUCAACAUAGAGGAGCUACUUCCUGGCGACAUCCUCUCUCUCGCCAGGGGAGCCGAAGACGUGACGGUCCCCUGCGAUGCUCUGAUCCUCCGCGGGAGUGUGGUGGUGAACGAGGCAGCACUGACGGGGGAGAGUACUCCCCAGAUGAAGGAAGCGCUGCUGGCAGAGGGAGCGGCCGCCAACGAGCAACUUGACGUCGAGAAAUCGCACCGGGUUCACAUGCUGUAUGGCGGGACCACCAUGAUGCAGCACAACUCCCCGUCCUCCUCCUCGCACCCCAACGAGCUGGUCGCUCCUGACGGUGGGUGCAUCUGCUAUUGCGUGAGGACUGGGUUCUCGUCGAGCGAGGGAAAGCUCGUCAGGAUGAUCGAGUACUCCCAGGAGCAAGUGCUGACGGAUGCCAAGGAAGUCCUUGCCCUCCUUGCCCUCCUCCUCGUCUUUGCCCUCAUUGCGAGCGGGCACGUGCUGCACAAGGGGCUGAAGGAGGGAAAGCGCUCCCAGUAUGAGCUGAUUUUGCGAUGUGUUUUGAUCCUCACCAGCGUCGUGCCGCCGGAGCUUCCGAUGCAGACGGCAGUUGCGGUGAACGCAGCUGUGUUCGCCUUGUUCCGAUCGAGCGUGUUCUGCACUGAACCGUUCAGGAUCCCCUUUGCUGGCAAGGUCGAGUACUGCCUCUUCGACAAGACUGGCACCCUGACAACUGACAAGCUUGUCUGUGUCGGCACCUGGUACUCCAGCAUGCGCGCGCAGGAGGAUCCUCUGCCUCCCGCUAGGACCGAGCGGGAAGCAGCAGUCGUCCUUGCUGGCUGCCAUGCGCUGGUCCAGGUGGGCGAUAAAGUGAUGGGGGACCCUGUUGAGAUGGCAGCGAUCAACGCGAUAGGAUGGCAGUACGAUCCGAGGACGCAGACGUCUGUGCCGACCGAGAAGUCCCAUAGCGUUAAGGCCGGCGAUGUCGCAGUCCAGGUAAUGCAUCGGUAUCACUUCGCCUCGAAGCUCCAGCGCAUGAGCGUGCUGGCUACCGUGAAGGAUCGGGCCCGUCCGUCUCCUUCCACUCUCGCGCUCGUCAAGGGAUCCCCUGAAAUCAUCGCCACCCUCCUCGUCAAGAAGCCUGCCGACUACGACCGCGCCUACCGCGCCAUGGCGGAGCGGGGGAUGAGAGUUCUUGCUCUUGCCUCGAGGGACUUGAGCGCAGCGGAAGCGAGUCAGGCGAAGCAGGCGCAGGCGACAGGACACGGUCCGGCGAGGGAAGACAUCGAGCGUGACCUCAACUUCGUAGGAUUCGUUGCGUUUGCUUGUCAAGUCCGACGAGACACGGCAGAGGUCGUGAAGCAUCUGCUGCAAAGCUCCCAUCACGUCGCCAUGGCGACGGGAGACGGAGCUCUGACGGCCCUCUACGUCGGGGAGGAGGUCGGGAUGACGAGUGGGAUCAAGGAGAAGGAGCUGCUGCUCGAGAAGGAUGACUCCGGCCAGCUCGUCUGGUCGGUUGCCAGAGGAGAUCUUCACAUCCCGUCUAUGGCCUUCCAGGCCAAGGAGGUCCCGAGGCUGGUCAAGGAGGGGUACGACCUCUGCGUCACCGGCUCCUCCCUGCAGCUCGCGGCUGAUCGCGACAGCUACAUGUGGCAGGUGGUGAAGCAUAUCAAGAUCUUCGCUCGCAUGUCACCCGAGGACAAGGAGGCCGUGCUGCGCGCUCUCAAGGAGCAGGGGUAUCACACCCUCAUGUGCGGCGACGGCGCCAACGACGUCGGGGCUCUCAAGCAGGCGCACAUCGGGGUGGCUCUGCUGUCAGGCUUCGGGGCGGCGAACACGGCGAAGGAGGGAGAGAAGACGACGGACAAGGAGACGGCGGAAGAGAAGAAAUCGCGCCUGAGCGAAGAGUUCAAGAAGAUGCAGGAGAAGCAGAAGAAGCUUCAGGCUGAGGCGAAGAAGGACGCCGAGUACAUGAAGCAGUGGCAGAUGCAGCGCUACAACGAGCUGGUCAACGAGUACUCGCAGCGGGGAGACGCCUGGGCUGCGUUCAAGGCGAUCAAGCAGGCGGCGGUGGAGGCUCGAGACGAGCUGAACAGGAGAGCACAGGAGCGGCAGAAGUCCAUCGGAGGUACCAACAACUUCACCGCCCAGGCAGCUCUCAUGCUCUCCGACAUGGACACGGGGGAGGUCCCUCAGAUCAAGCUGGGAGACGCGAGUGUGGCUGCUCCUUUCACUUCCAAACUUCCUUCCAUCAAGUCGACCGUCGACAUCAUCCGCCAGGGCCGAUGCACGCUAGUGAGUACCAUCCAGAUGCAGCAGGUCCUCGCCCUAGAGUGUCUCAUCACCGCCUACUCCAUGUCGGCCUUGUACCUCGACGGAGUCACGAAGGGUGAGAAUCAGCUGCUGGCUACGGGGCUGCUGUUGAUGGUUGCAUCCCUCGCCUUCUCCUACUCCCGCCCUGUCGACAAGCUGUCGCCCUGCCGUCCGAUCACCACCAUCUUUCACCCAGCCAUCUGGGUCUCCAUCGUUGGACAGCUUGCGAUUCAUCUUGCGAGCAUGAUGUACAUCAUCUCCCUCACUCGCUCGCAAGUCUCAGCUGAAGAAGCUGCGAUCCUUGACGGCGACAUGCCCGACGUCCCCGUGGUUGCCGCAAAGCCCGUGGACGCUGAGUCCACUGGGCUGACCAUCAAGUUCAAGCCUUCCCUCCUCAACACCGUCGUCUUCCUCGUGCAGACGGCUCAGCAGGCGAGCGUCAUGGCGGUCAACUACAAGGGGAGGCCCUUCAUGCUUGCAGCGACUGAGAACGCAGCGAUGGGCAUGUCGCUUGCUGCUGUUUGCACGGGGAUCUUUGUCUGCGCGUUCGAGGUGUUUCCUGCCCUCAACGACCUCCUCAAGCUCGUCCCCAUGCCCUCGGACUGGUUCAGGCAGCAGGUUCUCAUUUCGCUCGGAGCCUCAGUGUUUGGUUCCCUCAUUUGGGACAGGUUGUGUGUGGCAGUCUUCGCCCCCAAGUUGCUGUGGGUUGGCUACGUGGACGCCUGGCAGGCGAUGCCGCCAUGGAGGGAGCAGAUGAAGAGCACUAGCAAGUAUCUUUUCUUCGCCGCCGUCCUCUUCGUCUACUGGUAUCUGGAUCAGAGCUUGAUCGUGCUCCUUGGUGCGUGGUACUUGUACCGCCAGAUCUUCGUCGCUCCCAUCCCGGUCCUGGUCAGGGUGCGACAGCAGCGGGAGCUGCUGGGAGCGGGCAAGAGGAUGCCAGAGCAAGCGGGGAGGACAAGCACAGGAGGAGGAGAUGAGUUCACUUGCCAGCAGCGGCAAGUCAGUCAGGGCUGUCAGUCGAUGGUCUAG